UGCUGCAGUUGGUCUUUGCCAGUGGAAUCAGCCAGUCGCCAGGAUGAAGAUCCUGCCCAAGCUGGAGCGCAAACUGCGCCGGCUUAAGAAGAAGGUGACCAAGUCACCGUUGACGCGUAAGCUGGAUUUGAUUCACGAGAGUGCCCGCAAGAAAGCCUUCCAAGAGAGCUGUGAAACCUAUAAAAGUCAGGUUGAGAAGGAGUACGAGAUCCGGAACACAUUACCCAAGCUGUCCCGGAGCAACAAAGAAGCCUUCCUCAGCGAUGGAACCUUCCACCAGGCUGUGGGCCGUGUCCUAUUGGUGGCCGAAUUUUUUGCCAUGAUGCCGGUUAAGGGUGUCACCUCCAAGCAUCCUUCAAAUCUGAGCUUCUCCUGGCGCAACAUACGUACCUGUUUCUGUGUACUCUUCAUUGCGUCGAGCUUCACGAACUUUGGACUAUCAUUAUAUAAGGUCUUGAACAAUCCGAUUAGCUUCAACAGCAUUAAACCCAUUAUAUUCCGAGGAUCUGUUCUGCUAGUGUUGAUAGUGGCUCUGAAUCUGGCCCGGCGGUGGCCCCAACUGAUGAUGUACUGGCACACCGUGGAGCAGGAUCUGCCGAAGUAUCAGACACAGUUGGGAAGAUGGAAGAUGGGUCACACCAUUGCCAUGGUUAUGCUGGUUGGAAUGAUGCUAUCAGUUGCGGAGCAUAUCUUGAGCAUGGUCUCAGCCAUAAACUACGCAUCAUUUUGCAACCGCACCGCCGAUCCCAUUCAGAACUACUUUCUCCGCACAAACGAUGAGAUCUUCUUCGUGACCAGCUACUCGACCCCGUUGGCCAUGUGGGGCAAGUUCCAGAACGUCUACUCGACCUUCAUAUGGAACUAUAUGGAUUUGUUUGUGAUGAUUGUCAGCAUUGGACUAGCUUCCAAGUUCCGACAGCUCAACGAUGACCUGCGGAAUUUCAAGGGCAUGAACAUGCCUCCCACUUACUGGUCGGAACGACGCAUUCAAUAUAGAAAUAUUUGCAUUCUAUGCGAUAAAAUGGACGAUGCCAUUUCUCUUAUUACGAUGGUGUCUUUUUCGAACAAUCUAUACUUUAUAUGCGUCCAGCUGCUGCGGAGUCUUAACACCAUGCCAUCGGUGGCGCAUGCGGUGUACUUUUACUUCUCCCUCAUCUUUCUCAUUGGUCGCACUUUGGCGGUGUCUUUGUACUCCUCCAGUGUGCAUGACGAAUCCAGGCUGACCCUGAGAUACCUACGCUGUGUGCCCAAGGAGUCCUGAUGCCCAGAGGUAAAAAGAUUUACGGAGGAGGUCAUUAGCGAUGAGGUGGCCCUGACUGGCAUGAAGUUCUUUCAUCUUACCAGAAAGCUUGUGCUGAGUGUUGCCGGCACCAUUGUGACUUAUG